AUGAGGAACCUCAACAUCGCUGAAGGACUCGUCAACGGCACUAAAGUCAUCGUAAUCGGCAUCACCAACCGCCUGAUUACAGUGAGACUUCCCGGACAGACGCAACCUAUCGGAAUUCCCCGGAUUACCUUUACUUUUGCGUUUGUCGAGGGUUCGCCGUUACGUGUUCGUCGACGUCAGUUCCCACUGAUGUUGGCCUAUUGCAUGACCGGACACAAGAGCCAAGGUCAGACAAUAGAUUCAGUCGGUGUUGAUUUACGGACCGAUUGCUUCACGCACGGGCAACUAUACGUCUUGCUCAGUAGGGUCAGACAUCCAGACCAUAUUGUUGUUCUCGUACACCCCGAACGUGUCCGAGAUGGAAUCGCAUACGCAAAGAACAUCGUGUAUGGCGAUCUCCUUCUCUAA